UUUUAUACAAUUUAUCUUUUAGGUAUAUGUUGUAUGACUUGUAUCCCAAUUUUCUACGGACAAAGUUUAGUUACAAAAUUGAUUGUAGUCUAAGACUACAACAUUACUUAAUAUCUUUUUAUUGUAGGUGAAUUUUGACAAAUCCAUCAUUGAAUGAAAUCUUCUUCUUAUAUUCUCUAUACUUGCAAAAUUUCUAGAAAAUUAGAGAUAAAUAGUUAUGUCAUUAAUAAAUUGUUUAAAUUGAAAGUUUUUGUAUUUUAAAAUUAUGCAUAAAAUAUAAGCUUAUAGAUCAUAUGGUAAAUAAUAUCCGAUUGACACAAAAUUUGACAUAUGUAUUAAGAGCGUAAAAAACAUGCAAUUCAAUUGUUAGAUUUUUUUUAAAUAUGUAGUAAUAUUUAUUUUAUUGAGUAAGAUUGUAGUCUUAGGCUACAACUAAUUUUGUAACUAAAUUUUGUCCUUUUUCUACCCAAGAUAAUAUUUUUUACUACUUGAUAACGUGGAUGUAUGGACAUGCGGAUUGUCAUGUAUGGAUUAAGGAUGCCAUGCAAGUGAAAACUGCUAAAUAUAUUGAUAUUUUUGCAAAUAUUUCUUAAGGGGUGGUUAACAUCCUAUAAAUUUUACUAUAUAAAACUUACAUAUUAAUUUAUAUUUUGCAAUUGUGGGGGCUAGUUACUCAGGAAGUAUUGUUAAAAGCGGUAUUAAUUGGGCCUAUGGCCCUAUCCGAGGAUGUUGGACCAUCCGAGGAGGCCCAAAUAAGGCUAUGAGCAGAAUAAAGUUAAGAGAUGAGUAGAGGUAAUGUGAGAUGGGUCCAAUAAGUGUCCAAGGACAAAAGUAUCCUCAGCAACAUGUGUCCGAGAUGAAUCUGAGUACCUUAUCAUCACAAACUUACUUCAGGGCUACGUCACAGCUGAGAGUGGGACAUUGGACCAGGGAUAAGGAUAAAAAGGCAGACAAAUAUCUUCAAAGGCUGCGACCUCCGCAUUAAUUGUCUCUCAACCAACUCUCUGGCCGCAUUAAUGUGGAAGUGAUGCCUGAACAGUGAUCAAGCAGCCUUACAGCUACUAUUUGAUGGUUUCAGGAAGUGUUGGAUGAGACAGGAAGGAAUCCCCCUAAUUUAGCAUACACGAGUGUGGUAAGGAUGACAAAAAGAUUGCAGUAUAUAACCUGGAAGAAUGCACUAAAAGCAUGAUUGAAACUCUGAUACAAAGGACUUCUGGAAGAAAACCAUAUGAAACAAAAUAACAUAGUUGGUUUCGAGGAUAAAUUCGAUAAUUUAAUCUGUGUCAUAUCAUCUUGAAUCGUUAAGUUUAAUCGCUUUUCCUCUGGGAUAAAUCUAGUUCUUCUAUCCACGCUCUACAAAUUUAUUGUUUGGGUCGUUAACGUUUGAGCCCAAUCCGAUUUUGGGAUCAAUACAAUUUCAGUCCCUACAGCAAUCAUAUAUAAAUAAUUCAAAUAUUCACUUUAUUAGGUUGCUGAAGUAUGUACAUCAAUCAAAUUCCUUGUCACAUUACUUUGUAAUUAUUUUGUAGAAACUUUAGUAAUUUUCAUAUUUUUUAAGUUGUGAUUUGCUUGAAUCCAAUGUGAGACUUAUGGAAUGUAUUUUUGUUAUAUUAAUGACCACAUUUUUAUAAAAGAUUAAUGGCCUCUAAUGAUGCCUUAAAAUCACCAGUGAACUACACGAUUAUCGCACGCUUGAAAUAGCGACCUGCAAGAAGAAAAAAAAUGAUCUAACAGAGGGCACCGGUGUGGUGCCUGCCAAAUACCCUCCGAAGGUCAAGUUAGAACUAUUCUCAACUCUAGAAUGCUAGAGAGGGGUAAAUUAUGCGUACCUUGAUUUGUGAGGGUAUUGGGGCUUUUAUAGUAGUAGAAGGUUGGCCUCCCUUCCUUGAUGUAGAAGUCUUUUCCUUAUAGGAAUCCUCUUGAGCAAUCCAAAACGUGAUAGACAAGACAUUUCCUUGUAGAGAGGGUUUUGCAUUAACGCGCGUAUCUUUCGGAGUUCUCCUUGCACUAGGAUUCCGAUUUCCUUUGGGAUUCUACCGCAGUUAAGCGUGCACAACAAGUAUUUUAACUUAGGGUUCCUGCUAUGCCCUGGGCUUACCCAUUCUCGGCCCAUUGGCUAAGAUCCGUCAAGCCCAUCAUGGUGAAGGUCCGUUAACCCAAUUUUUACCCCUUCAGCUGCCCCCUUCACCCUAUGGUCCGUCAUGCUUGGAUGGACGGACUAAUUGGGUGACGGUUCAAUAUUCAAUAUUCUUUGGGUUUGACGGUUUAGGGAUCUAUGACGGUUGAAAUUUCUUUGACGGUUGAAGGUUCUUUGACGGUUGAAGGUUCUUUGACGGUUGAGGGUUCUUGGAGUAGACGGUUUUCCAAGAGGACGAUAGCAACUGCGAUCAUUUGUUGACAGAUUGUCAAGCAUUUAUGAGGUGCGACACGUGUCACGUUUUGAUUGGAUUUUGUCCUGGAUCGAAGCAUCGCUUCGUCUUCCAUGCAUUUCACAUAUAUAUAUUACACUUCUCCUCCCUCAUUUCUCUACUUUUCAGCUAAAACAUAUUGCCAGAGCGCCAUUGUCAACCUUGUCAGAGAGCUUUCUGUCGAAUAUCUGUACCCGUCAUCUAUACAACCGUCGACCUUUAGUUACUCAAAUUUGGUAAGUAUUAUUAUCAUUUUUACAAGUCUUUCAUUUGUGCUUUUCAUUUUGUUAGACUUUCAUACACACCCGUCAACACUGCUAGAUCAGUCAGUCUUAGGUUUUGUCGUCACUUGUAGGCAAUGUCUAGUGCGUCAAGUAAUCAGUUAGUAGUUCGUGACGAGGCGGAUUAUGAGGAAGUAUACCCGUUUGGUCAUAAAGACCAAGAGAGUCCGGGCGAAGAGAGGAAUCCGUUUGCCUCUUCCUCGUCCUCAACAAAUGAGGAUAUGGAGAUGGCUGAGCCAGAGGAUAUUUCUGAUGACGGUGAGGAUCAACCAUUGAGAUCCGUCAUUAGUGCUGAUGGACUUAGGGAGUUCAUCAUGCUACCAGAGUAGACGGUGCAUAAAUUCACAUCCGUCAUCAAGGAAAAACACUUCAGCACAUUUAGGGCCAUUUUUCAAAUUCCAGACUACAUUACAAUCCGUCUACCCUACGUAUCAAAGAAAUGUUAUUAUGAGGGGGUAGACGGUGUCGGAGUGUACGAGCAGAUGCUGAAGGCGAGACUUAGGUUUCCUUUAAGUACCCUGCAUAGAGAACUUCUAAAGUAUUUGGGUCUGUCCGUCACCUAGAUUUCCCCGAACGCCUGGAGGGUCUUCAUUGCAAUGGAGAUUCUCUAUGGUGCUAUGACAGACGGUGCCAGGAGGCUGAUGGUGCGUGAAUUUCUUCAUUGCUACCGUCCAGACAAAAUUGACAGGUCAAGGGGAAUGUAUUGUUUUGCUAGUAGGAGUCCAUUGUUGAAGGUCAUCUUUGAAACACCCAACUCAAAUAGAGACUGGAAGAGUCAUUACUUCUUCUUAGAGGGCGACGAGUGGAUGGGUCGUCCAGGGGAAACGGAAUAUAUGCCCGUCGACACGACCUGGGGAGUGUUAGAUCCAUCUCAUAUGCAUCCGUCCUAAUUUGUAAACUCUUUUAUAUUCUCUUAGUUAUUAUUACUUCUCUUUUGGUCGUCCGUUUUUUGCAGGUAGACGGUGUCCUUAAGUUAGUGUCGAGGAGUUUGGUUUCCUUGAGAAGAUUUUUCAAAAGACCAAGUCGAAGGAAAGGACUUGGGUGAAGUUGGUAAAUCCCAACAUUAUCCACUGGUAUUGUGACGGUCCCGAACCCACUCUUGAAGCCAUCAGAUAUAACGAAAGAAUUCACAGACAGAUGGACGAUGCUAAGAGGAAGGUGCUGAUAAAAUCACAGGCUGCCAAAAGAAAGGAGUCCGGUGAGAUUCCUAAGGGGACAGCUCCGUCGAUAAAAAGAAAGCCUCCGUCCAAAUCUGACCGUCCGCUUAAGCAGCAGAAGGUCUCUCUGGAACCCGUCGUAGGGUUGAUGGCUGAGGGUGUGAAGACCGUCACCCCUGUAAAGCAUGGGUCAGGCAAAGGUUUAAUGAAGGCCCCGUCCACAAGCCAAGAGAAGCCUCCUCCUCUCCUUCGUGACGACUCCAAGUAUGCCCUGGAGAAGCUUUCAUCUAUCAUUUCGUCGGAGGACUAUGAGGAUUUGGCCAAUCACUUGAAAGAGGCAAUGGGGGAGACGGGCCUUUUUGCUGUUGCACAGUCCCUUGUCAUGAUGAAGGGCCUAAUGGAUCAGUGUCUUAACCGUGAAGCGGCCCUGGAACGUGUACGAGCAAAGACAGAGCAGAUGGAGGACGAGCUGGGUCAACUCAACAAGUGGAAGUCCACCAUGGAGAAGAAAUUUGAACUUUCUGAGCAGGUUAGGAAAGAGCUUGAGCAGAAGACGGAUGAGGAAGGGAAGGCCUUGGAGGUCAAAGAAAAGGAGAUCCAAGACUUGAAGGAAAAGCUCCGUCAGGCUAAGAAGGUGGCAAUCUAUUAAUACCGUGACUCCGAUGCUUUAUUGACCGAGCUGGGGGACUCAUUCCUGCAAGGUUUUAAUGACGUCCUCCGUCAAGUUAAGAAAGCCUACCCUAAACUAGAUGUGUCCAUGAUAGUUGUUGAAGAUCAAGGUCAGACGUUUGCUUUGCCCGUCGCCUCAGAGAACACAGACAACCUAUUUGCUGAGGAGGCGGCUCAAGGUGACGGAGAGUCAGCUCUAGCAAAGAAUGCCCAAGAUGCCGACCCUAAAAAGUAGAUGGCCAUCCGUCCUAUAUAUAUAUAUAUAUAUAUAUAUUUUUUUUUUUUUUUUUUUUUUUCUUUUUGAGAACAAUCUGUCCUUAAUUUUGUGUAUUAAACAAUUACCCUCUGAGGGUUUUAUCCGUCAAUGUUUUAUUUCACAA